AUGGCAGCCCUCACACAGCACAACGCCGGCCAGCCCAAACUUCGAGUCAGCCACUUGGACACACGACGCCAAGCACGUUCUCCCGUGUGGCCGAGCUUCGCGGUGCCGGCUGCAUUGACCCAAGACACGAUGCCUGGCGCCGUUGCCCUUGUCACCCACCACGCCGAGGCGUCGCUCGAGCUCCCCCAUCGCACGUGUCCAAUUGACUUGAGCAGCGUUGCUAAGCUGCAGCAAGCCCUGUGCAUGUUCGCUGCCACCGUGAGCACUGCCGUGGAGGAUGCCGAGACACACACGCCACCGCCUCUGUUGUCGUUUGCGGCCAACAAGGCCCGCCACGCGCCCUCACUCCGCGCCAUCUUCAGCACCACCAGCGUGUCCUGGCUCGACUGCAGCACAGAGCAGUUCAUCGUGGACAAGGUGUGUGAGUUCGCCAGAGCCUUCUUCAACCCUAGCGAUGACAAGCCCUGGCAGGGAAGCCCUGACGUCAUCCUGCUUGUGCGCACGUACACAAGCGAGCUUGCGCUUGCGACCUCCACCGCCGACAAGCAGUACAACCACGAGCAGCGAGCAUGA